CGGGCGCCCUCUCUCGCCGCUGAUUGGCCGCACAGGCCGCAGAGUGAACGCCCUGCAGAUUAUGUCAGAUUGCGUGCGGAAAGCCAAACCAGCCCUGCCUUUGAACUUCGCCGCUUUUUGGCUCGUAUUCACGCGGCUGCGCUCAUUUCCAAAGCAGCAAAGCAGCAAAGCGGCCAGGUGCUCUACAGGAGAGAGAAAAGAGAGAGUUCGGCGUGUGUGUGCGUGUGUGUGAGAUAGGACAGUGUGUGUUUCUGUGAACGUGUGUGCGUGUGCAACAGGAAGGCAAAAAUAAUAAUAAUAACACUCGAGACUUUUACAACUCAUGCGAACCGGCUGUGGAACGUCGCUUUCACCUGUGAGGAUUUUGUUACGCGAGCGAAUUCCGAGGUGUGCGGGGACCUACAAGCGCAUCACUGUUUCAACGACGGGGAGAGAAAGAAAAAAACAACCAAACCUGGAUUUUUAUUUUAAAACAAUAUAUACCCUCAUUUAUAUAUUGUUUUUGUAUUUCGAUGUCGAUUUUUACGCGUCAUUUCUGUGUCUAUCCCACAAAUCCUGGGGCAUGACUGCUUUUUGGCACGGGUACAGUUGAAAAGUUUUGUCAUUCCCGAUAAAAACUUUUUCCAUUGACAGUGAGAAAAGGGAUAAGAUAAGAUUUCUUUCUUUCUUCUUUUUUUUUUUUUUUAAACAUUUCUUUAAGAUGUCAAAGCCUGUUGAUCAUAUCAAGAGACCCAUGAACGCGUUCAUGGUCUGGUCCCGUGGCCAGAGACGGAAAAUGGCCCAGGAGAACCCCAAAAUGCACAACUCCGAGAUCAGCAAGAGACUGGGCGCCGAGUGGAAGCUGCUGUCCGAGUCCGAGAAGCGGCCGUACAUCGACGAGGCCAAGAGACUGCGCGCACAGCACAUGAAGGACCACCCCGACUACAAGUACAGACCUCGGCGCAAGCCCAAGAACCUGCUUAAGAAGGACAGGUACGUGUUUCCGCUGCCUUACCUAGGCACGGACACCAUGGACCACCUGAAGGGACUGCCCGUGUCCGCCGCAGCGGCAGCGGCCGCCGCCCCCGAUUUGUGCUCACCGGACAAAGCUCGCGCCUUUCUGCCGCCCACGUCGACGGCCGGUCCCUACUCUUUCCUGGACCCGAGUCAGUUCAGCUCCAGUGCCAUCCAGAAGAUGACAGCGGAGAUGCCACACGCGCUCAGCACCGCCGCGGGUUCCCUGCCCUACGCGUCCUCUUUGGGUUACCAGAACAGCGCAGCCGCGGCCGCUUUCGGCACUCUGGGCUGCCCGACUCAGCACACGCACACCCACCCGUCUCCCACGAACCCGGGUUACGUCGUGCCGUGCAAUUGCUCGGCCUGGUCGACGUCCAGUUUACAGCCCCCGGUGGCCUACAUACUGUUUCCAGGUAUGACCAAGACUGGGAUAGACCCAUACUCAUCCGCACACGCCACUGCCAUGUAAUCCACUUCAACCCAGGACUGCUGCUGCUGCACUCCCCCUUUUCUUGUUAUCAACUCAUUUGACAUGCAUGUAAAUAUGAACAGAUACUUAACAAAAACAAAAAAACAAACAAAAAAAAACCAACAAAAACAAUCGAGG